AGAGCGGCCCGGCGCGGCUCCAGGUGGGCGUCGCCGCUCUAGGCCGCCGUCUCUGCGCGGUUGCUAGGCGGCGCUCGGGGCCUACUAGGCCGCAGCCGGCGGGGGCCGAGGUCGGGCGGCCAUGGCGGCGUCGCCUCCUGCUCCCCCGGCGUCGCGGGGCUCGGAGGGCCCGAGCUGCGUGCUGUGCUGCGGCGAGCUGGAGGUGGUGGCGCUGGGCCGCUGCGAGCACCCGAUCUGCUACCGCUGCUCCGUGCGGAUGAGGGCGCUCUGCGGGGUGCGCUACUGCGCCGUCUGCCGGGAGGAGCUGGCCCAGGUGGUCUUUGGCAGGAAGCUGACGUCCUUUUCGACGAUCGCCCUCCAUCAACUGCAGCACGAGAAGAAAUACGACAUUUAUUUUACUGAUGAAAAAGUUUACGCUCUAUAUAGGAAACUCUUGCAGCAUGAAUGCCCGCUGUGCCCGGAUGCCAGGCCCUUCGCCACUGUUGUGGAGCUGGAGCAGCACAUGAGGAAGCAGCAUGAGCUCUUCUGCUGCAAACUGUGCGUGAAGCACCUGAAGAUCUUCACCUACGAGCGCAAGUGGUAUUCGCGCAAGGACCUUGCCCGGCACAGGAUCCACGGGGACCCGGACGACACGUCUCACCGGGGACACCCCCUGUGCAAAUUUUGUGACGAGCGCUUCUUGGACAACGAUGAGUUACUGAAGCACUUGCGAACACACCACUAUUUCUGCCACUUCUGUGAUUCCGAGGGGGCCCAGGAGUAUUACAGCGACUACGAGUACCUGCGGGAACAUUUCCGUGAGAAGCAUUUCCUCUGCGAAGAAGGCCAGUGCAGCACGGAGCAGUUCACGCACGCCUUCCGGACCGAAAUCGACUACAAAGCGCACAAGAUGGCCUGCCACAGCAAGAACCGGGCGGAGGCCAGGCAGAACCGGCAGAUCGACCUGCAGUUCAGCUAUGCACCCAGGCACCCGCGGAGGAACGAGAGUGUUGUCGGCGGGGAAGAUUACGAAGAAGUUGACAGGUACAACCGGCACGGGAGAGGAGGCCGGGCGGGACCGCGCAGCGGGCAGCAGAACAGGAGAGGAAGCUGGAGGUAUAAGAGGGAGGAAGAAGACCGAGACAUCGCUGCGGCCGUCCGGGCAUCAGUAGCCGCCAAACGGCAGGAAGAGAAAAAACGGGGGGAGGAGAAAGAGGAUGGGCCCCGGGCCAAAAAGGAGGAGCUGAAAGAUGCGGAGGCGAGCGCCUCAAAGAGGGGGCUGAACCCCCCCUUGGAAGCCCCAGCGCCCAAAGAAGCGGCGGCAAAGGCCGUGCUGAGCCAGGAGGAUUUCCCCGCCUUCAGCUUGCCUGUAGCUGGCGCCACACAGAGCUCUGCCCAGCCGGCUCCGGUCAAGCUGAAGGAUGAAGACUUCCCCAGCCUGUGUUCCUCCACGACCAUCCCGGUCCCGUCUACCUUGUCCUUGACAUACACGGCGACCGCCAAGAAGACAUCCUUCCAAGAGGAAGACUUCCCUGCCCUGGUGUCCAAAGUCCGGCCAAACAACAAGACUCUGUCGACCCUCUCUUCCGCCUGGAGCAACGGCUCCGGCAAAAAUGUGGUCAGGGCUGCUGUCCCUCACGCAGCGGCGGUGGCCGGUCAGUCAGCCAGGAAGCUGGGGCCCAGCGGCAGAGGCAGCAAGAAGACCAAGGCCACCGGCUCCCUCGACGACGAGGAUGACGGUGGGGUCACCAGCCAGGAGAUCCGCAGCGCUCCGACGAUGGUUGAUGUGUCCUCCUUGCUGGUGGCCCCGAACGCCCAGACUUUUGUGAAAGUGGGCAAGAAGAAGAAAGUCGGGGCUGAGAAGCAGAGGGCGUCGCCACCCCCUGCACCCCCGCAGCCGGUGCCGUCCCCCAUCCCUUCUGGAGAGGGUGCCCCAGAGGCCGAGCCCCCAGCAAGUGCCCCCGUGAGCACUUCUGCAGCAGAGAGAGCCGCAGCGGUCAUGAACGGUCACUCGGAAAAGCCUGCCCCGUGCCCAGCUUCCAAGGAGCCGCCCGGCCUGAAGAAGCCCCUUGCGACCAGCCAGCCCCUCUUGCCUCAAGAGGACUUCCCAGCUCUCGGCAGCUCCCGAACGCCUCCUCCACCAGGUAAGGGGGCCAAGGCCUGUCCUCGCCUGUUUAGAAUGUCACCUGCUCCGGGCCUCAGCCUGCUGGCUGUGCCUCUCGGCAAACCACCUCCUGGCUUCACCCCAAUUCUCCCUGCCGGAGUCUCGGAACUGGCCCCUGCAAAAGAGGCCAAGCCGUGUCUGGGAACCUACUUGAUCCUGGAGAACUUCCAGCAGCGGAACACGCAGCUCAUCCAGUCGAUCAAGGAGUUUCUCCACAACGACGAGUCGCAGUUCAACGAAUUCAAGACCUACUCGGGACAGUUCAGGCAGGGUCUGAUUUCCGCCGCUCAGUAUUACCGCAGCUGCCAGGACCUCCUGGGGGAGAACUUCCGGAAGAUCUUCAACGAACUCCUGGUGCUCCUGCCAGACACGGCCAAGCAGCAGGAACUGCUGGCCGCCCACACCGACUUGAAGGCCAAGGAGAGGCCCGGCGGCCACAGCGGCUGCCCGCCCUUCAGCAAGUCCAAGAAGAACCGGAAGAACGCUUGGCAGGCCGACUCAUGCCCCGACCUCCUCGACUACUGCGUCUGCCCCCAGUGCCAGCAGGUGCUGACCCCGCAGGAUCUGGUGGCCCACAAGGCCCUCCACCUGGAGGACGAGGAGUUCCCCUCCCUGCAGGCUAUCAGCCGGAUCAUCAGCUAGCCGUUCCGGGCGACCAAUAAACCCAGUCUCCGUCUGACCACUCGCGCGUCUCGGGAGGCGGGGCCAGGGCUGAGUGGGGGGGAGAGAGCAGCCAGAACCACGUGGGCUGAAAGGGGGUGGUUGUGAGGCCAGAAGACACGUGGCAGGCUCGAGGAGUGGUUAGUGGCUUGGGAUUGUUGUGGCGGCUGGUGUGAGCCCGACGGGCUCGCUCAGCCUCCUGGGACUGCAGGGAAGUGCAGCAGAGUAUCUCUGCUGCCUUAACUUGGUUCUGACUUUUGGCACCAAUAGGGUGGGUGGGUGGGUGGGUUGGUUGGCCCUUUUUUUUUAGCCUGGGAAAGUUUCACAGUGGAGGAACCCGUGGAAACAGCGGCUGAGCUGCAGGAGGGAGUCGGAGGGAGGCUGCAAAGAGUGAAGGGAUCUGGGAACAUGGAGCUGGACAGAGAAGGAAGGUGCUGCUUUCUGUACCCUUCCAUCCUUCUUGUUCUGUCUCCGCACAGGAUUGGAACCUCUUCACACGGGGGGGUGGGGGGGCAAGGGUCCACGAUCUGGCUUUCUCGAGCCCUUAACGUAGCCCUCGAGCAGCUCAACAGUUUGUCUGGAGCUUUGGGUUGCUAGCUGUUAAUGAGUAGGGAGGAAGGCAACAUGUAGACCUCUGCCCUCUUGGCCAGGCUAGCCCCAGCCAGAGCCCUCCAAAGCAGGCUGGCCCCAGGUGAAGCCCUCUGGCCAAGAAACUUGCCCACCCCCCGCUCCAAAAGAGGUUUUGCGCCUACCAUUUAAACCUGUUUUUCUGUAAAACCCAGAUUUGUUUUCUGUUAGAACUGCACAUAGGGGGACACCCCACCCGAAGGCGUUAGAACUGCACAUAGGGGGACACCCCACCCCGAAGGCGUUCAGCACUUUCCCCGUCUUCUUACUGUAACUGUUUGUUGAUGUAAGUUGGGUUGUUUCCAGUUCUCUGGAGAAAUUGGUGCUGGCUGAGAACCACAGGCGGACGGCUCAUUAAAACCCGCUCCCCACGCUCA